GAGAAAGCGUGUUCGCGGGGAGAGCUGGGAAACUCCGGUCCUCCGCCACCAUCUUGCUUUCUUUUAAGCCGGCAGUAACCGUGGGUCAGAAAAAUCUUGAGCCAUGAAGCUGCUAACCAGAGCUGGCUCCUUUUUGAGGUUUUAUUCCCUCAAAGUUGCUCCCAAAGUUAAAGCCACAGCUGCCCCUCCCAGAGCGCCUCCACAUCCUCAGGAUCUUGAGUUUACCAGAUUACCAAAUGGCUUAGUGAUUGCGUCUCUGGAAAACUAUGCUCCUACAUCAAGAAUUGGGUUGUUCAUUAAAGCAGGCAGUAGAUAUGAGGACUCCAACAAUUUGGGAACGUCUCAUUUGCUGCGUCUUUCAUCCAGUUUGACUACAAAAGGUGCUUCAUCUUUCAAGAUAACCCGUGGAAUUGAAGCAGUUGGUGGUAAAUUAAGUGUGACUGCAACAAGGGAAAACCUGGCUUACACUGUAGAAUGCCGGCGGGAUGAUAUUGAGAUUCUCAUGGAGCUCCUGCUCAAUGUCGCCACAGCACCAGAAUUUCGUCAUUGGGAAGUCUCUGCCCUUCAGCCUCAGCUGAAAAUUGACAAAGCUGUGGCUUUUCAGAAUCCACAAGCUUGUAUCAUUGAAAAUUUACAUGCUGCAGCUUACCAGAAUGCCUUGGCUAAUUCCUUAUAUUGUCCUGAUUAUAGGAUUGGAAAAGUGACACCAGAAGAGUUACAUUACUAUGUUCAGAACUAUUUUACAAGUGCAAGAAUGGCUUUGAUUGGACUUGGUGUGAGUCAUCCUGUUCUAAAGCAAGUUGCUGAACAGUUUCUCAACAUGAGGGGUGGGCUUGGUUUAGCUGGCGCAAAGGCCAGGUACCGUGGAGGUGAUAUUCGAGAACAGAAUGGAGACAGUCUUGUCCAUGCUGCUCUUGUAGCAGAAAGUUCUGCCAUAGGAAGUACAGAAGCCAAUGCAUUUAGUGUUCUCCAGCACGUCCUUGGUGCUGGACCACAUGUCAAGAGGGGCAGCAACUCCACCAGCUCUUUAUACCAGGCUGUUGCCAAGGGAGUUAACCAGCCAUUUGACGUUUCUGCUUUUAAUGCCAGUUAUUCGGAUUCCGGACUGUUUGGGAUUUAUACUAUCUCGCAGGCUGCAGCUGCUGGAGAUGUUAUCAAGGCCGCCUAUAACCAAGUAAAAUCAGUUGCGCAGGGAAACCUUUCCAGUACAGAUGUCCAGGUUGCCAAGAACAAGCUGAAAGCUGGAUAUCUAAUGUCGGUAGAGUCUUCUGAAGGUUUCCUGGAUGAAGUCGGGUCCCAGGCUCUAGUUGCUGGUUCAUAUGUACCACCAACCACAGUCCUUCAGCAGAUUGACUCGGUGGCUGCCACUGAUAUCAUAAAUGCAGCAAAGAAGUUUGUUUCUGGCAAGAAGUCAAUGGCAGCAAGUGGAAAUUUGGGGCAUACACCUUUUGUUGACGAGUUGUAAUACUGAAGUACAUAUUACAGGAGAAAGCUGAACAUUUUCUCAAUCCAGAGCAGCAAACACUUGAAAGUUAAAAGUCUCUAAUAAAACAUUUAUCUUUUUUUCUCAAUGAGGUGAGCUAUCUUAGAAUAGAAAUGCAGAUAAUUACUCCCAGCUGACCUAAAGUAAAUAAAAUAUUCUCUUUAAGUGUU